CAGGAGUGUAUAUGUAGCCUGUGGCAUGGUUUGACACAGCAGCCUCUACAGAGCUAUGACUGAGCUGUUAGACAGAGGCCACAAGGACCCCACUGUUUUACUGUCUCAAUGUCUACUAUGUGGUUGUGUGUUUCUGUGAGAAAGUUCUGUAGGUGUAUUGGAUAGAUUAACACGUUUGUUUUGCUGUUGAUAAGUCUAAAUUGCAAUCCUUUUGUACACUUUUUUCUUUAAACAGUCUAGCUGUCUAGCGGGGCUAUUAUAAAACACGCCUAAACCCAUUCUUUUUUUCUAUUCAAACUGUCAAAAAAACCUUUUGUCACAGAUUGUUUUGAGGGAAGCACUGUUAACACCAACAGAUAACACCAUCGAACAGCUGUAGGGAUGUCUUUAUGGAAAAUAAAUUGUCAGUUGACAUAGCAGGUGUAAUGCUUACAUCUGUGGAUUAUGGCUAAGCAGACAUAACAGAUGUGCCAGAAAGAGAGAAAAAAACUGACAAACAAGAGAUAGAUAGAGAAAGUGAGAGAGAGAGAGAGAGAAAUGGAGAGCAAAAUAAACCCUUUAGAUAUGGGUGCUCAAUGGUAGGGCUAAUGUGUGAAGCCAGCUAACUGUCAAAACCAUGGCAACAGCAUAUGCCAGGUGAGGCAAAGACAUGAGGAACUGAAUCUCACAUGUUGCCUGAAAGGGGUCAUUGCUGCUGGAACAGACUUGUACAACAUAGGGGCUUUUCUGUUAUAAGAAACACUCGAAAAUCCAUUGUCCAAAAAAGGAAAAGUCAGUUUGAUCUGGAACAAUCGUUUUUAUUGUGUUUUCUGCCAUACAAAACUUUGAGAAUAGACGUUAGUACCACGAUUGAACUCAAGAUAUAUAUUGUUUGAAUUAUCUGCCUUCAUGAAAGGCCAAAGCAAAGAAUGCAUUCAUGCAUGCACAACUAGUACUGAGAUGUCUGGCAAAUGUUAGAGGAUAUUAUCUUCCUAUGGAAUUCUGACCCAAAGCCUUUUCUCAAAGAGCUGUUUACAUCAUUAUGAUAUGUUAUCAAGGCAUCUACAAGCUCCUAACUGAGAGAUGCAACAAAAAUAUGGGCCUACAUUCGGAAGCCGCAUACAGUUAUAUGGGUUUUACGCCCAGAAAUCACUGUGAGUGUGAAACCCCAAGUAUUUAAAGUGCCGUCCCCGUGGACUGCCAGUACUGGACAUUAGUCAGCAACACCAUUUAACGCCUAAUGACCACCCCCAGGGCAACAAAGAGCCUGGGCUGUCCUCUCUGGAACAGCUAUACAGCAGUACUUCAUUAACACACAACAAAGAGGGCCAGUGAGAGGGUGAGGGAGAGGCUGACUGACAGACUUACGGACAGAGAUAGACUCAGGGACGGCUCAAACAACAGCCCUUCACUUCUUCUACUUCCAUUAGCCAGUCUGUCCGUCUGUGUCUGUCUGUGUCUGUCUGUGUGUCUGUCUGUCUGACAAACACACAGUACAGUGCAGCCCCCCAUCAACCACAGCACCCACCCGCACUCUCCUUGCAGAAUCUUCCUCCGAUGCCCCAAUCUAGACAGUGAAACCCGAGCACGGCUGCUAAUGGAGCCGCGGCAUGGCUGCUGGUUUGGAGAUCCAUACGUGAUCAAUAUCCCAUGCUUCCAGGCCUCCAUCCAGACGUCCCGCUUGGAAGUACAUGCGCACAUGCACAAGUAUCUUACAGACUUAACAGAGACAUGAACCGUAUUGACUUUCCCUAACCGGGUUACUUUGAAUGGAGGUGGGGCCAUGGAAAAAAAAAAUAACAUCAACAAUGUGGUUUUUCAUUUAUGGUUAUUCCCUUUUAGACAUUAGAAUAUGCAGUGAUAGUGUAAAAUAAAAUCUAGGCUAUAUCAUGUGUGCUGAUUAUUCCUGCGACACUACAUUAGAGCAAGACCCAAAGUCUAAACAAGGCAAGACAGAAGGAGCAUAUAUGAACAGCCUGUUAGACCAUGGGCAUAUUGAAUUACGAUUGAUUUGGGUAGGGUGACAGAAAUCAUUAUUGGUUUUGUGAAUACAUUGUAUAUGCCAAUGUACCUGCAAGGUAGUUAUGUGGGGCAGAAGACAUUCAGUAUUUUAUUGAUCAGUAUAAGCCAGGCUGAACAGGAAAUACUUGGGAGGUGUUUAUUGGGCAGACUUGCAAGUUACGAGCACGCGUAGACAUGCUGAAUUGGACACAGACGACCCCCCUUUAGCUGCGAAGGAUUAUUUCUCUUAACCAAAGAACAAGCACACCAAAUCAAAGCAAUGCAUUCGAGAUCGUUGGAUGUUGUAUGCGGUUUUAUUUCGUUCAGUGCGAGAGGAUGGUCCCAUUUGAAUACGAAUAUUUCAAACAUUGUUGUACCAUCAUUUAUCUAAAAUAAAAUAAAUAUAAAAUAGCCUAAUUCUAGGGAAGAAUGAGAUGAUCGUCUCUGAUGACGUUUAGGCACACGCUCAGUGGUUCUUCUCUCAGGGGCAAGGGGAGGUAAUUGAAUUGUGAAUCACUCGCGGGUCCGUAACGCCGCCCCUGUGAUGUCGUACUACAGCGAAAGGAACAGCCUCCUCCCAGAGCUCAGAAACGCCCAAACCAACAUAAGGAAGAAAUGAGUGCCUGAGAGAGAAAGAAAGGGGACAGGGAGAGCGUGUGCUUGUAACCGGGAGACAGAUCCAUUGAAGUUCAGUUGUUCGCGAUAGUGUUGCAUUCCGGGGGGUAAAGAACCAGUGAGAGAGAAGAGAGAACAGAGCAGUUUCAGUUAUUGGGCGAUAAAGGACAACGUUUCUCUCAGAUUGUUUUGGAGACAUCCACAUAACAAUACAGGGACGCGGCGUUAUUACCCUGAUCUGAUGGUCAUGACGGCAGCUGUCGAUAUGAAACCGACAUUAACUAUCAUAAAGACUGAAAAAAUGGACGAUCUGGAGUGCGGAGAUGUCCCUCUGCUAACCCCAGGAAGCAAAGAGAUGAUGUCUCAGGCUCUUAAGGCCACGUUUAGCGGCUUCACCAAGGAACAGCAGCGACUUGGCAUUCCCAAAGACCCCAGACAGUGGACAGACAGCCAUGUUGCAGAGUGGCUGACGUGGACGGUGAACGAGUUCAGCCUGAAGAACGUGGACUACCACAAGUUCCGUAUGAACGGGGCCAUCCUGUGCGCUCUGGGCAAGGAGCGCUUCCUGGACCUGGCCCCCGACUUUGUGGGCGACAUCCUCUGGGAACAUUUAGAGAUGCUCCAGAAAGAGGAAACAAAGCAUUUCCCUGUCAUCGGUCUGUCCUCCAACUUCCAGGAAUCCAGAUAUACCUCAGACUACUUUGUCAGCUAUGGUAUUGAGCACGCUCAGUGUGUCCCUCCAUCAGAAUACUCGGAGCCGGGUUUCAUCACAGAGUCCUACCAGACGCUCCACCCAAUCAGCUCGGAGGACUUGAUCUCCCUCAAAUACGAGAGCGAGUAUCCCAACGUCAUCCUGCGCGACGCCACCCUCAACUCCAUGCAGACCGAAUACUUCUCCGUGAAGCAGGAAGUGGUCUCUCCCGACAACAUGUGUGUGGGGCGCAUCAGCCGAGGCAAGCUGGGCGGCCAGGACUCCUUCGAGAGCAUCGACAGCCUGGAGAGCUGUGACCGGCUCACCCACUCCUGGAGCAGCCAGUCGUCCUUCAGCAGCCUGCAGCGGGUGCCCUCCUACGACAGCUUUGAGUCGGAGGACUACCCCAGCGCCCUGCACGGCCACAAGCCCAAGGGCACCUUCAAGGACUACGUGAGGGAGCGCUCGGAGCUCAACAAGGACAAGCCCGUCAUCCCCGCCGCCGCGCUCGCCGGAUACACAGGCAGCGGUCCCAUCCAGCUGUGGCAGUUUCUCCUGGAGCUCCUGACGGACAAGUCCUGCCAGUCCUUCAUCAGUUGGACGGGCGACGGCUGGGAGUUCAAGCUCUCCGACCCUGAUGAGGUUGCCCGGAGGUGGGGCAAGAGGAAAAACAAGCCCAAGAUGAACUACGAGAAGCUGAGCCGGGGCCUGCGCUACUACUACGACAAGAACAUCAUCCACAAGACGUCGGGCAAGCGCUACGUGUACCGCUUCGUGUGUGACUUAAAGAGCCUGCUGGGGUACAGCCCUGAAGAGCUGCACGCCAUGUUGGACGUUAAGCCAGACGCUGACGAGUGAAAGCAGGCGCCGGCCAAGGUGACGAGGGAAGGAAGGAAGGAAGGAAGGAAGGAAGGAAGGAAGGAAGGAAGGAAGGACGAAAAAGAAGGAAAUGUAACGUUGAGGAACAUAUAGGACUCGAAACUGUGGACUCGAAAAUGAGAUUUUAAGUGUCUGGUGGAGUGGGUCAUUUUGAUUUAAUUUUUUUAGAGGGGAGGAUCUCAACAUUUUUUUAUGACUAACUGUGGGCUUUCUCAUAAUAGAGCUCCCGUCCUACAGUGUUUUCCACGCAAGCACAUGGCGAAAGUACAAAAAUUCAUAAUCUGGUGUGUGUGUGUGUGUGUGUGUGUGUGUGUGUGUGUGUGUGUGUGUGUGUGUGUGUGUGUGUGUGUGUGUGUGUGUGUGUGUGUGUGUGUGUGUGUGUGUGUGUGUGUGUGUGUGUGUGCCGGUGAGUAGGUGGUAUAUGCAGAUGUGAACUUUGCUGUGCAAGGCCAAUGCAACGCUACCUGCUAAAGUAGAGGUUUCUCUUUUACCCUCGUGUCAUAGUAGCACAAGAAAAUUAACGGCCAAGAUAGUGCAACGGAGCUACCAUUGGUUGACCGUAGUAUUCCCGCUAUGGAAAUCUGCUAUGGAAAAACAAAAGGAAGAACAUGUCACAUUCCCACAACGCUUCUAGUCAUGCAAUGACUGCAAGGGUAGAGCUCUCAGCUAGGACCAAAAAGUGUUUUUGUUUUCUAUUUUCCAUUGUUUGAGAAGCAUUUACUUGUGCCAGUAUUAUAUUGUAGUCAAAAAACCUUCCUAUUGUGCAUUUUAUCGAGCAUACAUUGGUUCAGCUGUAUUUUAUAUAUUUUUAUGUUGUAGGGGUUAUUUUCUUUUACAAUGAAGAUCUUGGAGUGUUAACCCUUUUGAGUAAUGUCCCUUUUUGUUAAAAUUGUUGACAAGCAACUAAAAUGAGCCGUCUUGGUUUAAAAGACUAAACUACACUGGCCUGCUAACUGUCGGCUAUGGGGGCUUGUUUUUCACUCAUACCAGGAGUGUUUCACACAGACGGCUGAAAAAUGAUCUGAAGCUUUGAAACUGACACCUCGGCAAACGCAUACAGACGCCUCAUUACAGGUUCAUGAAUACAGUGACCGAAACCGUGGCAGUUUCACAAACAUCAGGUUAGCAUUAGCAUUAGCUGACAAUCUUAAGUUGUGUGCAUCUUCAGUAUUCUGGCCACUAGGUGCCUAACACGCAUAUUAAUGAGCACAAUUUAUCACUUCUUUCACUUCAAUACUGUCCACAUCAUGUUCCGUGUAGCUUUGGAACCAAUGUGUUCGAACAUUGUUUCUAAUGCUGUCAAACCACGCCAUUUUCUUUUUAUAAAGGGUAGUUUAGGGACUGGAUUUAUUUCUUAAGUAGUUAGUAGUAUUAUUUGUGUGUGGGCUUGAGGAACUGCUGUAAAGGUCUUAAUGUUGAAUUUAGGGCAAAUGGAGAAAGUAAAAAAACUGAUUGUAUUUAGAAUGAAACAUGUAUAGGGAAGUUAUAAUCAUCAUAAGGAAGGUAUCGAUGUAUGCUGCCAAAUGUUUGCCUCAUGUGAGUUGUAAAUAUCACUGGUAGCAAUCAUCUGCAGAACAAACAUAAGUAUGGAUCUGUAUUAAUACAGAGGAAGGUGUAGAUAUAGAUGGAGAUGGCAAGCGAUGGAAAGAAGGCAACCGAUUGCGAGAUGCAAAUGGAGUAUGAGAGAUUAAUUCACUGGUUAGAUAUCUGAGCAAAAUGGCAACAUUUUUCUCAAAUGUUUCUAUUGGGAACAGUGGCACAACACUGGCCUUAUGGGAAAAGCCAAAGUCAAGAAAUAUCUUCUUAGGAUACAAAUGUUAUUGUUUACAGUGGCUGACUGUUACCCAUAUGGAUGAGAAGAGAGUUGGCGUCUGUUUGUCCAGAUUGUAUUUCAAUGCUUUGAGACCCAACUUUUACAAACAAGCAAGAGACAAAGCAGAAAUAAUAACCAAAACUCACGUGAGGUCUUCAGCAAUGGCUGACCGGGCGCCGUAUACAAAAUAACACAGGAGACCCCAAAUGUUUCACUUUCCUUUUUUAUAUCACACGGCCUCUACUUAUCAUUAUAUUUUAUUGACAUAAUACAAAGCACAUAGCUUUAGAAUGAACGUAAAACACCUUUCCUGGUGUAUGUAUUACAAUUGAUUGUAAAAGAAAAAAAAUUAACAAAAAAAAGGAGCUAUUUACACAUUUAUGAUAUUUAUUUGCCAACCAGCUUGAGCGUCCCCAUUAGUCAGCAUUGACAUCCAAAUGCUGACCUUCACGGGGUAUCCUCAGCAGAGCAAGACCUAGUCUUUAACUGGGUCGGUCAAACUCUGCUGGUCGAUACCAUUUGUGUGCGAAGUCUUAUGAAACAAACACUGUUGGCUUGAAUUUUUUGUCAUUUUCAGGUUAUUUUAAAUGUCUAAAGAAUGUUUUAUGCUAGAGCAAACAAAAUGUAUACAUAUUGUCUGUCGUUGUCAAAAGCCCUGGAAGCCAGUUGUUCUUCUUUCAUUUUUGUUUUCCCAAUAAGAAAGGAAUGUGUGUACCAUUGCUUUAAGGUGAAUCCUUAUGUAGCUUAAACAGUUAAGAAUUUAAAUUGAAGAAUUUUUCAGGAAAAAUAAUGACUUAAUGAGUGUUAUAGAUAAUAGUUUAUUGCACAGUUCUUUACAGUUAACCGACUUCGGCAAAUAUAUAUGAAUAUAUAUAUAUAUAUAUAUACCAAUACAUUGUGUCAUAUGCAUAUCUAGGAAUGGAUUCAGUACACAAAGGACAUUUGUUUUGGAUGUUUGUUUUUGUAUGUUUUAACAGUAUUUCUGUAUUUUUGUUAAUGAGCUCAUUUUUUUAAUGUAUUAAGUUCAGAAACAUUUGAAUAUUUUUCAAUAAUUUAUAUUUUAUAAAAUACAAGAGAUGCAGACAGCUGGUGCUUUCAUGGGAAUUUGGAAAAAAAGGUAGUACAAGACAAAAAUGUAGCGUUUCUUUUCUGUUCUUUUUAUUUUUUAUAUGUCUAGAAAAUAGACCUGUCUGCUAGAGAAAAGGCUAUGAUGCUGGCCCAUCAAUGAUUUCUGCUGGAAAGUUUUAUAAACUAGCUUCUAUUUCUAAAAUGUACUUCAUGUACUUCAAAAUGUUACGUUAUAAAAAAUAUAUACGUGAACAAAGCUUUCCUAAUCCUUCUAUAUGCAUGUGCUUGUUUUGUAUCAUAUUACUUUUACUUCACAUCCACUGGAAAUACCAGACAUAUUAUGUUUUUUUCUGACAAUUACUAAAAAGAUAGUUUUGAAAGGCACCUACUUUGAAUUUAAACACUGAUAGUGUUUUCUGGCAGCAGAACGAAACUGACAUUUACAGCUUUGUUCUAAUAUAACACCCAUAGGCAUACCUUCUAUCAAUAUUGAAAAUACAUCUACAAGACACCUAAGCAGUUAUUUCAGGACUUAGGUAAUUUGUGAUCUGCUGCUUAUGUAUCAAAUUAAGAAAGUUACAAAUCAUACUAUAAUAAUCAUAUUUGAAUAAAUAUCAGCCCACCCUGCUCAGUCGAAAAUGGCCAAGUUCCGCCUUUGAAUCACAUUUUGGGUCGAGAUGUAACGAGCAUGUCCCAGGCUCAGUGAUAGGGUGACGUCAAGACAGAAACUGCACACUAGGGUUCAUUCAUGUGCUCCGAGCCCCAGGCUCAUAUAAAUUCCACUGUAGAUAGAAAACAUAUGAACCGUGGAACGCUGCCCUGUACAGCCCAGCUGUUUGGCCCCGAUACAGCAGCACUGUGGACAAGCGGGGAGCCCUCUAGGACCAAUAUAGAAUUUCGCAAGGAAAAAUAUUCAAAUUAGACUUGAAAGUAUUGUGGCUCAAUAAAGUGCCAUUAAUGAAGAUUGCGAGGAAUAUAUUAGCGUAGAAUGUCACGUUUGAUUUGCGUUUAAUCCGAUCACAGAACGUUGUGUACAAUGCAUAACGUGGGUUUGUACACGCAGGAACACCACUGUGCCUCACUUGUUAUGAGUUUGUGGAUAGAUUUUUUAUGUGUCUACUAACUUGUCGCUGUGAACCUAUAUGCAAAAACCAUUAACCCAUGUACAUCCCUU